GAGGCGGGCACUGGAACUGCACCAUGUAAUGCAGCAGCGGCAGCAGUAGCUCGGUAAACGUAACGCCAGCUGAUCAGCCUGCAGCAGCCACAACAAGCGGCGAAAAUAACAACAACAUCCCCUCAGACACCGCUAGGGGCAAAGGUGGCCUACGCGUGGGAUCUGCCCCCCAUAAUCGAUACUGCACGUGCCUUCGUCCCCAAAGGGUGAGACUGCAGCUCUGCCAGAGACAGGGGCAGAGCUCGUAGCUCUCAGCACCGAGGCUGGGGGGGUGAGUACUCCGGUGCUGAGCCUGGUACCGGCGGCAGCUCCAUCUGCUACCGGCAUCUGUCAGUGCUGCCGUAGCAUCCUUUGGGCUUAGCUGGCAAGGGUAUAGGCACUUCAACGCAACAAGCAGUCUUGUAUCUGUUUAUCCAUUGCUGUAUUAUUGUAAAGGGACACUGCUUAUUUGUAGCCCCCACCCCCAUCCCACGGACCGCUGUAUUAUGCUACGCGGGAUCUGAGCCCAGGAGGCAGGCAACUAUGGGGUUCGUACAUCAGCUCCGGCUUCUAUUGUGGAAAAAUGCCUUUCUCAAACUAAGGAGCCCAUGGGUGCUGGCAUUUGAGAUCUUCAUCCCCCUUGUGUUGUUCUUCAUCCUCCUGGGACUGCGACAGAAGAAACCGACGAUCCCGGUCAAAGAAGCGUUCUACACAGCAGCACCACUGACAACGGCAGGCGUCAUUCCUGUUAUGCAGUCACUGUGCCCAGACGGACAGAGGGACGAGUUUGGAUUCCUGCAGUAUUCCAAUUCUACGGUGACCCAGCUCCUGGAUCGCAUCAAUGAGGUGGUGCAGCAGAGUAAUUUAUUUGAUCCUGACCACCCACGACUGGAAGAAGAGCUGGAGUCUCUCCGACGGCAUCUGGAAUCCUUAAGUAGUGAUCCCCGUUCCUUGGAAAACCAUUUUGAGAACAGAGAGGGGUUUUCAUUGAACUCAGUAGUAAAGAAUCAAAGUGAGUUCCAGAGAUUCCUCACCCACAAUCUUUCUUUGCCAAAUGAAACAGCUGCACUUUUGCAGGAUUCAAACAUUAACUUAAAAGAGGUGUAUCGCUUAUUCUUUGGUUCAUCUCCUCCUGCAGAAAACAUUUUUGUAGGAAGAGAACCAUUGGUCGGUUUCAACCCUGGAGAGAAGAUUGUGCAUUUAGAGAAUCAGGUUUUGGGUGGCUGGAAGAAGGUGGAGGAAGGUGUGAUACACAAGGCACUAAGAGAUCCAGAGAAAGCAGCUCACCGUCCAGCUUUGCUCCACUUGCUGAGCCAGGCUCUUGGCCUCGUUGGUGUUGGUGAUCCAGCCGAAGCAUUUGAUCCUCAGGCAUUUGUCAAAGAAAUGGAGAAUAUUCUUUUCACACCUGGGACACUUGAACACCUGACUUGCAGCAGAGGUGAGGAAGAGCUGCGGAAGAUUCUGAUAAUUCCAGACAGCCAGCGGGAUAAUCUCAUGGCCUACCAUGCAGCAGUCUGUAAUGGCAGCAGCAGCAUCCGAGAGGAACACUUUACAGAGCUGGCAAGGGAACUUAGAGAGCAGGUAGACAUUCAGAAAGUAAUUAACAAGGAUCAAGACCUUUCCAGAGUAAUGCAGGCCUUGAGACUGGAUGAUGUGAACACUACAGUUGCCCAACAUCAGCUACAUGCUCUCUUGGAGGACUUCACAGAGGUGGAGAAGAUUCUUCGUGAUGUGAACAUACUGUCAGGGUUGGCCAAGCUUCUGCCAAAGGGGGCAUGUGCUGGGAAAUCUCCACCUCCCACAGCAAACAGCAAUGCCUGGAGCAGCAACUUCACAAACAGUAAUUCCACCAGUGAAGACGAGGAUGAAGGUUCAGAGGCGGAGAAUAACCCCCACAGUCAAUUUUCAGCUUUUGUACAGUUGUGGGCAGGGCUGCAGCCUAUCCUGUGUGGUAAUAACAGAACUAUUGAUCCUGAAGCUCUGAAACAGGGUAACAUGAGUUCAUUAGGCUUCACUAGCAAGGAGCAGCGGAACCUCGGACUUCUUGUGCACCUUAUGACCAGCAAUCCCAAGAUCCUCUAUUCUCCAGCAGGGACAGAGGUUGACAAGGUCAUUCAGAAGGCAAACGAAACAUUUGCAUUUGUUGGCAAUGUAACUCACUAUGCCCAAGUCUGGCUCAACAUGUCUUCUGAACUUCGGACCUUCUUAGAAGAAGACAGAAUUCAGAAUCGCAUUCUUUGGUUACAACAGUUUAUGUCUGACCUGCGGAAACAUCCUGAACUGCUGAAUACAAGUGAUAGUGAAAUGGUCCGAAACUUUGUUGAAAGCAACUUCACUAUGCCAAACUCCACAACCUUGCUACAGCAACUGGGCACAAUUGACAAUGCUGCCUGUGGAUGGAUACAGUUCAUGUCCAAGUGAACCAGGCAUACCAAGACAAUGUCACCGUGUUUGCCAGUGUUAUAUUCCAGACCAACAAAGAUGGCACCCUUCCCCCUCAUGUCAUGCUGAAAAUUCGACAAAACUCUAGCUUUACUGAGAAAACUAAUGAAAUCAGAAGGGCAUACUGGAGGCCUGGUCCUAAUACUGGAGGACGUUUCUACUUUCUUUAUGGAUUUGUGUGGAUACAAGACAUGAUGGAACGAGCCAUUAUUAACACAUUUGUGGGACAUGACGUGGUGGAACCAGGGAACUAUGUCCAGAUGUUUCCAUAUCCGUGCUACACUCGGGAUGACUUCCUGUUUGUCAUUGAACACAUGAUGCCACUCUGCAUGGUCAUUUCCUGGGUUUACUCUGUUGCCAUGAUGAUUCAGCACAUUGUAGCUGAAAAAGAGCACCGGCUAAAGGAGGUAAUGAAGAUGAUGGGUCUGAGUAAUGCAGUUCAUUGGGUUGCAUGGUUUAUAACUGGAUUUGUUCAGCUGUCUGUCUCAGUUACAGCCCUCACUGCAAUUUUAAAGUAUGGUAAAGUUCUGAUGCACAGCGACCCUUUCAUCAUUUGGCUGUUCCUGUCGAUCUAUGCUGUUGCUACCAUCAUGUUUUGUUUCCUCGUGUCUGUAUUGUAUUCCAAAGCAAAGCUGGCUUCUGCAUGUGGGGGAAUCAUUUACUUCCUUAGCUAUGUUCCAUACAUGUACGUUGCCAUUCGGGAGGAAGUUGCUCAUGACAAGAUCACAGCAUUUGAGAAGUGCAUAGCGUCACUGAUGUCUACCACUGCGUUUGGACUCGGCUCAAAGUACUUUGCUCUUUAUGAAGUGUCUGGUGUGGGCAUUCAGUGGCAUACCCUAAGUCAGUCGCCAGUAGAAGGGGAUGACUUCAACUUGCUGCUCUCUGUUGUUAUGCUUAUCAUUGACGCCAUUGUUUAUGGAGUGCUGACAUGGUAUAUCGAGGCUGUGCACCCAGGAAUGUAUGGAUUGCCAAGGCCAUGGUACUUCCCCCUGCAGAAAUCAUAUUGGCUUGGAAGUGGACGUAUCGAGACAUGGGAGUGGAAUUGGCCCUGGUCCAGAACCACUCGAUUGAGUGUAAUGGAAGACGAUCAGGCUUGUGCUAUGGAGAACCGGAGAAUUGACGAAAGUCGUGGUAUAGAGGAGGAACCCAACCAUCUACCACUUGUCGUCUGCAUUGACAAGCUUACAAAGGUCUACAAGACAGGGCAGAAACUGGCUUUAAACAAAUUGAGUCUGAACCUUCAUGAGAACCAGGUGGUGUCAUUCUUGGGUCAUAAUGGAGCUGGAAAAACCACCACAAUGUCCAUACUGACAGGGCUCUUCCCACCUACGUCAGGCUCAGCAACCAUCUAUGGUCACGACAUACGUACGGAGAUGGAUGAGAUCCGAAAAAAUUUGGGGAUGUGUCCACAACACAAUGUGCUGUUUGACAAUCUUUCCGUUGAGGAACAUCUCUGGUUUUACUCUCAGUUGAAAGGCAUGGCAGAAGAAGAAAUCCGCAAGGAGAUGGAUAAGAUGAUUGAAGACCUAGAACUGUCAAACAAGAGGCACUCAUUGGUGCAGACCCUUUCAGGUGGAAUGAAGAGGAAGUUGUCAGUUGCCAUUGCCUUUGUAGGUGGCUCUCGUGCUGUGAUUCUGGAUGAGCCCACUGCUGGUGUGGACCCAUAUGCUCGACGAGCAAUCUGGGAUAUAAUCCUAAAGUACAAACAAGGAAGGACCAUCCUGCUUUCUACACACCACAUGGAUGAGGCUGAUCUGCUAGGUGACCGAAUUGCCAUUAUCUCGCAUGGAAAACUCAAGUGCUGUGGCUCACCUCUCUUUCUCAAGAGCACUUAUGGAGAUGGCUAUAAGCUGACACUUGUGAAGAAGCAGUUGGACUCCCGAAACAAUCCAGAUACUGGGGGACUGCAGAGCUCACCACCUCAUUGCUCUCUCAGCUCGUGCUCAGAAUCCAUUGUAACACAGUUCAUUUCAAGGUUUGUCUCUUCCUGCAUGCUGAUGUCCAACACCAACACAGAACUUUCCUAUGUUCUGCCCAGUGAGGCCGUAAAGAAAGGCUGUUUCGAGAGACUGUUUCAGGCUUUGGAACAAAACAUUGAAGAGCUGCACCUAACCAGUUUUGGUUUGAUGGACACCACCCUAGAAGAGGUAUUCCUGAAAGUGUCUGAAGAAGAUCAGUCUUUGGAGGACAGUGAUGCUGAUAUGAAAGAGUCAAAACCAUCAGACCCACGAGUAAACCAGAAGGUUGGAAAAAAAACUGAUGUGCUUAAUGGAGAGUUACUUUCAGAAGUUGAGGUGGCAAAGCCACAUGCGGAGGAAAGUGAUCUGGUCAGAUCUUCCAAGCUUAGCCCUUCUCAGAAUUCCUUGGGAUCCUCCUCUUCUGUGGGUUCUGUACGUGGUGAUGAAGGUGGCUUCUAUUCUGAAUUCUAUGGAGAGUACUAUCCACUGUUUCACAAUCAAGAGGACCCUGAUAAUGUCAGUUUGCAAGAUGGGCAUAUGUCAUCAGAAUCUCAAAAGUCUACCUUAGAGGGCCAAGGCACCUUCAGACUUGAGGGAUCCUGGCUGAAACUGCGACAGUUUCAUGGACUGAUUGUGAAGCGUUUCCACUGUGCCAAACGGAAUACAAAAGCUCUCUUCUCACAGAUACUGCUCCCAGCAUUCUUUGUGUGUGUCGCUAUGACUGUUGCACUCUCUGUACCUGAAAUAGGUGAUUUGCCUCCACUAACCCUCUCCCCAUCACAGUAUCAUAACUACACUCAGCCAAGAGGUAAUUUUAUCCCAUAUGCCAAUGAGGAGAUGAAGGAAUAUCGGAUGAGGUUAUCACCAGAUGCCAGUCCUCAGCAACUUGCUAAUACAUUUCACUUGCCAUCUGGUGUUGGAGCUACCUGUGUCUUGAAGACUCCAUUCAACAGCACGCUCGAUCAGCUGACACAGACAGUUAAUCUCAACACAAAUGAAUCUAAAAUGCUUGCUUCUAAAUAUUUUGAUGCUAUGUGCUUGGAUUCAUUCACCCAGGGCCUCCCACUUUCCAACUUUGUACCACCACCUCCUUCACCCGCCCCAUCAGAUUUUCCCAUCUCUAUGGAUGAGGAUUUACUGCGCUCUUGGAACUCAACACCAGUAUUUGUUCGAGAGAUUCCUACAUCAAGUCCUUCUAUCCCACGCAUGAUCCAUGAGCCCAUCCGUUGCACUUGUUCCAUGCAGGGCACUGGCUUCUCCUGCCCCAGUGGUGUAGGUGGUCACCCUCCUCAGAUGAAGGUGGUGACAGGUGACAUCAUAGUGGACAUCAGUGGUCGAAAUGCAUCAGAGUACUUGCUGUACACAUCAGAUCGUUUCAGGCUCCACAGGUAUGGUGCAUUGACAUUUGGGAAUGUGCAGAAAUCUAUUCCAACAUCCUUUGGGACAAAGGCUCCACCAAUGGUGAGAAAGAUAGCUGUUCGACGAGCGGCCCAGGUGUUCUACAACAAUAAGGGGUACCACAGUAUGCCAACAUACCUCAAUGUGCUGAACAAUGCCAUCCUGAGAGCUAAUCUGCCUAAAAGUAAAGGCAAUCCAGCAGCAUAUGGUAUCACAUUGAUAAACCAUCCAAUGAACAAGACCAGUGCCAGCCUGUCUCUCGACUACCUACUACAGGGCACUGACGUGGUGAUUGCUAUCUUCAUCAUUGUAGCCAUGUCAUUUGUACCGGCUAGUUUUGUAGUCUUUCUGGUAGCAGAAAAAUCCACCAAGGCCAAGCACCUUCAGUUUGUCAGUGGCUGCGAUCCAGUUAUCUACUGGUUGGCAAACUAUAUCUGGGAUAUGCUGAAUUACCUGGUUCCGGCAACAUGCUGUAUAAUCAUUCUGUUUGUCUUUGAUCUCCCUGCCUACACAUCUCCCACCAACUUUCCAGCAGUUCUUGCCCUUUUCUUGUUGUAUGGCUGGUCAAUUACUCCCAUCAUGUAUCCAGCUUCAUUCUGGUUUGAGGUCCCCAGUACAGCCUACGUCUUUCUAAUUGUGAUUAACCUCUUCAUUGGGAUUACAGCAACUGUUGCCACAUUUCUCCUGCAGCUGUUUGAACGUGAUAAGGAUCUGAAGGCAGUGAACAGUUACCUGAAGAGGUGUUUCCUCAUCUUCCCAAACUACAACUUGGGACAUGGCUUGAUGGAAAUGGCUUAUAAUGAAUACAUCAAUGAAUAUUAUGCCAAGAUUGGCCAGUUUGAUAAGAUGAAGUCACCUUUCGAGUGGGACAUUGUUACCCAGGGACUGGUCGCCAUGGCUUUUGAAGGUUUCAUUGGAUUUUUCAUCACCAUCAUGUGUCAGUAUAACUUCUGCAGGAAAGCACAAAGGGUGCCGGUUUCCAACAAACCAAUUGAAGAUGAUGAUGUGGAUGUAGCGAAUGAGCGACACAGAGUGCUUCGUGGGGGAGCUGAAAAUGACAUGCUGAAAAUUGAGAAUCUCACAAAGGUAUACAAAUCCCGCAGACUGGGGCGAAUCCUAGCUGUUGACAGAUUGUGUGCAGGUGUUCGCCCUGGGGAGUGCUUUGGGUUGCUGGGUGUUAAUGGAGCGGGAAAGACAACAACAUUCAAGAUGCUGACAGGUGAUGAGAGCACAACAGGUGGAGAAGCCUUCAUUAAUUCACACAGCAUUCUUAAGGACCUUCUGAAGGUACAACAGAGUAUUGGCUACUGCCCACAGUUUGAUGCCCUCUUUGAUGAGCUGACAGCUCGAGAACAUCUGGAACUGUACACCCGUCUGCGGGGUAUACCUUGGAAGGAUGAAGAGAGGGUGGUAAAGUGGGCCCUGGAGAAGCUAGAACUGAAGAGGAAUAGUGACAAGCCUGCUGGGACCUUCAGUGGUGGCAACAAGAGGAAACUAUCCACAGCCAUAGCUCUCAUAGGAUUUCCAUCGCUCAUCUUUUUGGAUGAGCCAACAACAGGUAUGGACCCUAAGGCACGUCGCUUCCUGUGGAAUCUGAUUCUUGACAUCAUCAAAACAGGACGUUCUAUAGUGCUGACAUCUCACAGCAUGGAAGAGUGCGAGGCCUUGUGUACCAGACUGGCCAUCAUGGUAAAUGGACGUCUGAAAUGCCUUGGCAGUAUUCAGCAUCUGAAAAACAGGUUUGGGGAUGGAUACAUGAUCACAAUCCGGACAAAGUCCAGCCUAAAUGUGAAGGAAGUAGUACGAUUCUUCAAUAGAAACUUCCCAGAAGCCAUCCUUAAGGAGAAACACCAUACCAAGGUUCAGUAUCAGCUCAAGUCAGAACACAUCUCACUAGCCCAUGUGUUUGGUAAAAUGGAGCAAGUCGUGGAUGUCCUGGGGAUAGAGGAAUACUCCGUCAGUCAGACAACACUGGACAAUGUAUUUGUCAAUUUUGCCAAAAAGCAAAGUGAUAACUUGGAACAGCAGGAAACUACUCCAAAUGGAAGUGUCCAGUCACCUGUCAAACGAAUCCUUAGCCUGUUAAGACCAAAGCCACCUACCACUGAGCUGAGAGCACUUGUUGUAGAAGAACCAGAGGAACUCGAAAGUGAUGAUGAAGGCCUGAUCAGUUUUGAGGAGGAAAGAGCUCACUUGUCCUUCAACACAGAUACACUUUGUUGAAAUGAUCGAACCAAAGUGUUUGCUGGAAGCUUGCCAAGUCUCUUCCUCCCACCUUUUGAUGAUACCUUGGCUUUGAGGACAGACAGAGACUAGUUGUUUGUGCCUGACAUCAGCGAUUACCUGAGAGAGACAAAAUGAACUCUGUCAGAGGUCGGCGAUACUACAAGUUGGUUCCAGUCUGUGGAAAAACUAACAAGAAAAAUACUGAUACCACUUAAAACCCAGCAAUGAGAAAACGCUGCUUUCCAUACUCCUGUCUCCUUGGAACUGCAUCAGUGUUUUAAUAUGUCAUUCAAAAAAGCAACAGAUGUACUGUUCGCUGUUUUUAAUCUUUUCUUUGCUGUGGUGCUUAGAGGACCAGAAUGUAAACUUUAAAAAAUUGACUGUGAAAUGGAAGUGGGUGAACAUACUUUUACAAAAGACAGGGUGCACUAUUUUUGGUCGCAUGUGCCUGGACUGUUAUUAGUGUACAACAGGGGGAAAGUAGGGUCCGCUGUUACAGGGAAAGCCCUGCUUUAGCCUCUAGGUGUCUGUUUACAACACAUGCUUACUUCUGAAAGUAACAGGUUCAAAUUGUGUUGUGCUGGGUUGGGGUGAUAGUCUGAUACAUUGCCAGGACACUGGGCGAUCCCUGAUUUAGUUAACUACAGUGUUUGUUAGCCAUGAGUCAUUAUUUCUGUAGCUGCUUGCCAGCAUGGGACGGUUGUGACAUGUUGAGAUAUUUAGAUUAAUUGAUCUUUCUUGCUGUUUGCUGAUACUAUUUACUGGAGUAUUAAUGUAUCAUUUUGUAAUUUCAUGCACCUGCGAUAUUUAUGUGUUUCUAUAACCUUUAUUUGCUAAUUAGAGCUCCUGUGUUAUCAGUCCUCGUAAUUAGUUUUGGUGCUGAAAUGUAGCAAGGGUUCUUGGCAGAGGGAAGCAGGUGUCAUCCUCAACACAUUCUCUAGCAGAGGUAUACUAGGGCUGUGCUUACCUCUCAGGAUUUGAAGCCCCCCCCCCAAAAAAAAAAAACAUUUCAAGUCAGCUGUUAAAACUUCAUUAUAGUCAACUCAGGCUUGCCCCAUUCCACCUGAGCAGAACUUUUGUUUAGUUCACUUUAUUUAUAGUUCAUGAUAAAAAGCAAAUUGUUUUUAUGCAAGCAAACAGUACACACUGUAUCUUGACAAAGAUUAUUGGAAUAUUGACACUGUAAGUUGUCAGACAAAUAUUUUUAAAAAAUGUAUUUUCAAACUUUUUUUCAGAUGGCUCCAUUGAGAACUGGCAAAUUCAGUUAUUUUGCUAACACUGUAUAUCACGAUAAGGACAGAGAACUGAUUUUUUGAUGUGUCGCAUAGAAGCCCAUUUAAAUGAAGCCUUCACUGAAGUAAUAGAAUGAAUUCUAAGAUGGUGAUCUUCAGACAUUGACAGUAACCUGUGCUUGAACUUAAUUCUAGUAAUGAUUAGAUGAUGACAGAUUCAGGACUCUUAAGAAUAACAUUCCACUCUGCACAUACAAUGGGUUGAGGUGCAGAAAUGUAUAUGUUACAUCAGUAAAGAGAGUUUCUUGUUCAAAAGAGAUAACCGUUGAUAUACCAGUUUGAUUUAAUAAGUCCAAAAUUGAACCCAGUCGCUUAAGCUGUCUUUCCAGUUUAACAUGUUUACAUCCUAGAUAAGUAAAAUGUAACCAGAAGGCUAUGGCUUUUUUUUUGAGGUAAAUAUUUGUCUGUGCUGACUCAGUCCUGCAGCAUUUAGGGAACAGAUAGGUGCUUAAUGGGAGCUUCCAAAUUAACAAAAGAAAAAAUGUGUUUACCAUAGAAAUGAUUUAUGAUGAACUGUUUUAGGAAUGUAAUUCACCCACCCAGUCAUAUAUUGAAUGAAAAUGGGUGGUGGGUAACGUGGAAUUUAUUCAACUGCUGCAGGAGGCACUGCUUCUUUUACCUCCUAUUAUAUUAUACGACAAACUCCAGAGUCAGGGCUUAAUGCACCCCCCAGACAUCUCAAUAUUUUUGAGGUCUUAAUUUUUAUUAAUUACAAUAACAUGGUUAACACCAUGUCAGUCUGUUUGCUCAAACCAUGGUUGGUAGUAUCAUUUUGUAGGGCCUCAACAAGAUUCAACUUGAAGUCCUUUACCAGUGAACCUACACCUGUAACCACAUCCACCAGCACCAUUUUCCACUCCUUUCUCAUGUCACCUUAACACUGCAGGUUCUCUCAUUCCUCCCCACCAUCAGCACCACACUGUGUCCCAUUCCAAUGAUCCAUUUCUUCCCAUCUCCCCAUACAAACAUGUUUUAUGUGGUUCCCAUGUAAGAAGAUUUCUCUGUGCUUUCAGCUAGACAACUACCUAAUACAGCUGAUUUCUGUGUACUUGGAGUUUGUAUGCACUUCUGAGUGCAAGGAAAGUCUGUUGAAGAACACAGCUGAUAUUAGACUGUGGGACUCUUUAUCCUGUUAAAAAAUGCUGCUCAUCUGUCUAAAUACCUACACAACAGUACUGCAAAAGCUUUUGCUGUUUUUAGCAGCUUUUAACAAGCUCAAAGUAAGAUAGCUUACUCUUGUUAACUAAGAGGACCCCAACAACAGCAGAGUUCACCGGUGUCUAAAAUCAGCUGCAGUAUAAACUGUAUCUUCCUGCAACAAAACAGUUAUUUAAUAUUACUAAAAAAUCACUAAUUGUGUCACCCCAACCACCCCAUGCAAGAGACCAAAGCAGUUACUGAUAGAUUUUUUCUUUCUAUCUUUUUUUUAAUUGAAAAGAAAAACUGCAGCCUACCAUGGAUAGGGGGUAACAUUUGUUUGCUGCAGUGCUACCCAUCUGCUUAGGCUUCAUUACUAUGACCUAAUCCAGAUUAUUCCUAUUUUUACUCUAGACUGUUACUCAGAUUACUUGUUUUCCUCUAUUAUAAUUGUUACUGUCUUUCAUUGAAACUGCAGUCCGUUAUGUAUAUGUUUGCUUUUCUUACUCGUUGAAAGUCUUAAAGCAAACUAAUUGUACAAACAAAAACUGCUGCUGGCCUGUGUGAGGCAGGUCUGCCCUUCAUCAUCUGUUUAUGGACAGUGCUGUCUGAAUAUCUGGUGGCUGGUCUGACUCUCACUGCAUCCGGUUUUCAAGAGCUUGCUGUUUACCAUCCUCUUCCCACUCUGGUGAUCUUGCUGAAAUAUUGCCAUCAAAAUCUAGUCAACCUGGUUUAAAGCUGUUCCUCAAAAAGUUAUCUAGUAGUAUGUUGGGCAGAGGUAGCAUUGAGAAGCCUACCUCUCCUAUCACUUUGUACAAGUACUUCUUGACUGACUUGGGGGUGCCAGCAAUAAACAUUGCACAAGUGCCACAUCUUGUAGUCACAUUCAUCCACAGAGCAAGUCUCACAAGAUGGCUGAUAAAUCCGCCAUUCUUUGGCAUCAGAUUCCAAUUGUUUUGAUUGGUUGUGAACUGGGUUUGGUUUAAAAACAGCACCGUUCAUGCCUUUCCUAGAGAGCACUAGUAAAGCUGGCCAGGCAUCUGCAGUACAUAUUAUUGUAACAAAAAGUCAGCUGACAUGAGAUUAAGUUCCAAUAUUGACUUCCAGCUCUUGCAUCUACCAGAACAUGCAAUCCAGGUCUGUGUCUGAGAAACCAAGGAACAGUAGCACAAUCCUGACCUUUUGAUCUAGUUAAAAUUGGAAGCACUAGGCAAAUUGCCAUACACCAGAUGUUAUAUUAGCUGCAGAUUUUGAGAACAUUUAUGAUCAUCUACUCUCUUCACAUGCAUACAGAUGUAGUCAUGCACACAUAUGCACCCAAACUCAUAUAUGCACACAAGCUCAAACACACAUGUAUUCCUGUGUGUUUGACAGGUUGGCAUCUCAGGGGUUUGAAUUCUAGCAGAAAGCUGCAUGUCUGAGCACUGCAUUCGGGUUAUAGAUCUCCAGUGUCUGGUACUGUCUCUUAUUGGAUUAAGGCAGUGAAAUAGAUCCCACUGAGCUGAGUUCCAUUCCCAAAGCCUUCAUGUGCACAAUCUAACUGUACUGUUUCCUAGGUUAUUGGUCCCUGCCCUAGUUGUCUUUGUAAAGCCUUUUGUGCAGUUCUUACUAGGUGAAGCAGUAAAAAUGUACUUAAGUUGGAUUACACUUGCUGUAAAUGGAAACUGUAGUUUGUAAACCCUGUGGAUCACGUCAGUUGCCCUGCUAGGCAGGGGUCCAGGGAAGUAAAUAGUGUGGGAAGAAACAGCCAGGGAAUUGUUAUGGCUAGGCUUGUAUAGGCCCUAGGGCUGAUAACCUAGUAUCAACCUAUGAACCUAAACAUAUGAUCUAAGUACGCUGAAAAGAACAAGAGGCCAGAUACUAAAAGUCACAUUUGUGUUGAUUAACUGCUUUGAUUGUACUGAUAUGUUAUACUGGGGUAGGGGAGUUGGGGAUAAAGGUGCAUUUGGGGGCUAAAGGAUUGUUAGUUUAUGUGGGUUGUAUAGCCGAGUGACUGACGUAGACAUCAUUAGCACCACUGGCAUAGUCUCUGUUUACAACCUUGAUGACGGCUAGGUUUGCUUCCAGGGCAUAAUUUACAAUGUCACAGAUUAGCACCGUUGUUAAUAGAACUGAAUGAAGGCAUGUUGGUUUGAAAUGUGGAACACCACUUAAGUAACAUUGGGCAUCAUCUCUCUCAAGAAAGUGGAUAUAACCAGUUUAUUUUCAGGAACAAAUGUAUAAUUUGAAGUUGCUGAUCUGCAGUGCAUCUGAACUGGGUUACAAGUGGGUGAUUCAGAACCAAAUGCAUGGUUUGCCAAACACUGCUUAAGUAAGUAGCAUUGUUAUUAUUUGUGGGUGUCUUUCCAUUUCUAAACGUCUUUGACUACUGAUGUAAGAAUAAUGCUCUGGGCUUCUUUUAUGGUAGAACAAUGAUUAAAUUAUGCUUAGCUUGGUGCCAACAUGAGGGAAACAUCCAGAGCCAUAAACAUCGUUUUCCAU